AUGUUUAGAAAUCCCUUCCUUGUUGUGGAUGAUGAUGAGGAUGAAACUCUUUCGGAAACAACAACCAACAACAAGCACAGCAACAAUAUGAAUAAUCUAAUACUACACAACGAUGAAGAAAUUGAAAACAGUUGUCCAUCGGCCGUUCGUGCCAUGAUGAACGACUCACGAAUGGAUAUAUUCAUCAAUGCUGAUGAUGACGAUGAUGAAGAUGAAGAUGACGAUACUAGUAAAUCAAACUCUCAAACGAGUGGUGCCAAUAGUACUAAAAGUAAUACCCUUCACAAUAAGGAAAAUUCAUCUCGAACCAACAAUGAACAAAAUAUUAAUAAUAAUAACAAUCUCUUUGCUGGUAUGAUUGGUAAUUCGAAUGGAACACCUCUACCUGCUCAUCCUCCACCAGUGUAUGAUCCUAACCUUCCAUCGUGUAGGGUUCAAUUUGCAACAUUGUGUAAAUACUUUGAAAAACUUUCGGAAAAUAACAAACAUAAGGAGAAGAAGGCAAUCUUUGAUAAGAUUUUCGUGAGUUGUCGAAGUGAUUUGUUUCAAUUUAUGAGAUUACUUCUCCCUCAAUUGGAUAGAGAAAGACUGACUUAUGGCUUGAAAGAGUCGAAAAUUGCCAAGUAUUAUAUUGAAAUUCUGGCUCUUCCACAAACGUGUGAAGAUGCUCUGAGAUUGAAAAAGUGGAAAGAUCCAUCUAAAGGAACUGGAAACAGCUUUUCGGAUAUUUGCUUUCAAGUCUUGCAAAAGAGAGGUUGGUCCUCAUCGAAAAAUCUAACUGUAUUCUUUAUUAAUGAAAAACUAACUGAACUAUCAAUGGCUGGGGAUAAUGAUAAAAAAAAGAAGAUUCUGUUGGACAUUCUCAAGAGCACUUCAUGCUUUGAACAAAAGUGGAUUCUCAGAAUUAUUCUCAAAGAUUUAAGAAUUGGAACUCAACACACCACUAUUCUGAAUCAUUUUCAUCCGAAUGCACUCGAGUUGUUCAAUUCAUGUACUGAUCUGAGAGAGGUCAUUACAAAGUGUCUCGAUCCAAAGUUUAAAUUCACAACAGCUGAAUUGAGAGUCUUUUCAAUGUUCAAACCAAUGCUUGCUUCAUUGUUGCAUCCAGCUAAAUUGGCUGAAACUCUCUCCUCUGAUGAAUAUGUCAUUGAACCCAAAUAUGACGGAGAACGUAUCCUGGUACACAAGAAGGAAUCUGAAAUCAUGUUCUUUACACGUAAUGGCAAGGACUAUACGAGCUUGUACGGUCCAAAGUUUUCACCCAUCAUUAGAAAUAAUAUCAAGGCAAAAGUUUGUAUAUUAGAUGGAGAGUUUCUCAUUUGGAAUACUGAGCUGGAGGCCUUUAAGGAAUUUGGACACAAUAGAACUCAUGCUCUGAAUGAUACAUCCGAUACAAAUGAACAAUUUUGCUACAUGGUCUUUGAUUUAGUCUAUUUGAAAGAUAAGGACCUAUCACAAUAUCCACUCAAGAAGAGAAGAACCUAUCUGGAGAAUAUCAUUAAUCUCCAGAGCCAUGUUCUCGAGUUGGUACCUCAAACUCCAGUAUCAUCAGAGAAGGAAGUUUACGAGCAGUUGGAUAUUGCCAUCAUGAAUAGAGAUGAAGGUAUCAUGCUCAAACCAACAGGAGGCGUCUAUAUUCCAGGUGAGAGAAAGUGGAUCAAAUUGAAACCUGAUCAUGUCGAUGGUAUGGGUGAGACAUUGGAUGUAAUUAUUGUUGGAGGAUUCUAUGGAACCAAAUUUAAGAGAAAAUCAGUUUCACACUUUCUGUUAGCUGUAGCCACAAGGUCAAAACACAGUCUGGGGAACACGGAUGCUCUCGAUAAUUUGGAUGAGGAAAAUGAAGCAAGCAAUGAAAAUCAAGUUUUUCACUCAUUUUGUAAAGUAGGAAGUGGAUAUACCAACAUUGAAUUGUUGGCUCUACAAAAAGAUUUAGAAUCUCAUUGGAAGCCUUUUGACAAGACCAAGUUGCCUAAGUUUUAUGGUCAAUGGAUUCCAGGAGCAGGUGAAAUGCCUGAUGUAUAUAUUGAACCGAAACAUUCCAAGAUUUUGGAAAUUAAGGGAUACUCUUUUCAGGAGAGUACCAAAUUUAAAACAGGAGUCACACUAAGAUUCCCAAGAGUUGUAUCAAUAAGAAACGAUAAGGAUUGGAAUGAAUGUCUGGAUUUACAAGGAUUAGAGGAAAUGAUUGAAAUAUCAAGGAAUGGUAAUCACAAGAGAAGAGCUGCCAAUAUGGACUCUGUUGUUUCACACAAUGAUAUCAAGAAACAAAAGAGAAAAAAGAUGGUUCAAAAUCCUGAUGGAACGUUUACAGAAGUGGAACCAAAAUCAAGAAAGGCAACAGCUGCUGUUUCACAUUUCUUUGAUUAUGAUAUGUCUAAACUGGAUAAGACCUCUAGCUUAUUUAAAGGAUUGGAAUUUGUUGUUUUCAAUGGAGACGAACAUAAAUCCAAGUAUGAUAUUGAACAAUUGAUAGUUUCCAAUAGUGGAACUAAAGUUCAGAACCCUAACGAUCAUAAGAAUCAAUAUCUCAUCGCUGCCAAUACUAAUAAUAUUACUGUAAGAAAUUGGAUAAGUUCCUCACAAAAUAGAAAGAAUCCACUAGGAGAUCGCGAUAUUAUUCAUUACAAGUGGUUGAUUGAAUCGGUAAUAUAUGGCUCUCUGCAGAGAUUCCAUCCAGGAUACAUGAUUUAUACUUCUCAAGCCACAUUGCUCUCAUUCAAAGAGCAAAUGGACGAAUUUCAAGAUGAAUAUUUGUUUGAUGCUACGGUGGAAUCAUUGAGAAACUCGCUUCAAUUAGCCUCACUUUCAUCCAAGUAUUUCGUUCUAGACUCAAAGCAAAUUGAUAUGAUUAAUUCACGAUACGAGAUUAAAACAUCACAAACAUCAUUCUUCAAGGGAGUUGUAGCUUUUAUUGACAAGUAUGAAAAGUUUGGAGAUCCAAGCUCAGAACUGAUUCUUGGAUUGGACACUUUGGAAGUUUACAUUCGUUUACACGGAGGAAAGGUCAGUAAUUUACUCACCACUGAAGUGACACAUAUUGUGCAUGAUGAGAGUGAAAAUACCACCCGCUUACAAUCACUAAAGAGAAAGGCAGCUAGAGUAAACCUCAAACUUGUCUCUGGGGAUUGGGUUAGGAAAUGUGUAGAAGAAAGAAGAUUAAUUCCAGAAAUCUCUGUCUAAUUGUAAAGAUAUAAAAGAUGUAU